CAGCUUGCUAUAACAACGAUCCAAUGUGGGCCGUUCGUUCGCCGUUGCGUUUUGAAGUUUUGCGCUCCAGUAUUGCGCUAUAUAACUUGCGCGAUAGUAACCGUCCUCAGCUUUUCUUGCGCGGUGGGACUCUUGCUUAUCCGGUCUUGCUUAUCGAUUGAAGGAGGGGGCUUGUUGGCGACGUCAAUGGACGUUGCUGGUUGAAUGCUCGAGGAAAGCAUAUCCAGUGUUCCUUAGUUCGCUAGUCUACUGUGGAUAUAAGGGCUGUAGUGGAGCACCAACCUUUUGAUUUGGUAGUUGAUUCGUUUGGGUGUUCUCUCACACGGAUAAUCAGCUGCAUAUGCCAUCUAUUUACUUCGUUAUAAUAUAACGCAAUUGACUUAAGAGAGUAGAUUUAAGUGUGUUUUUUAUUAGUUAAAACGCAACGUUUAUCUAAGUCUAGUUGUUUUUAUGUGAAGGGUACGUCUACUAACGACAUGUUCGCGUUAAUGCAUUCGUGCGCUGAAUGCGAAUAACUGAAGGAUGCGCGUACAUUUGUCACCUGAUAUAUCCGCUUCAACUGCUCGAUCAGGUUUAUUUUUUUGUUUGUCUACUUGACCAGUCCCUCUGGUGAUCAGAGAAACAGCUCCUUCGACCCCCUACAAGCUUCUCUUGAUCGGAUGAAAUCGCCAGCGCCCCCGCCUGCUACAUACAGUGAAGCUGCGAUCAACAGUGUGCGACUUUGGUUUCUAGUAAAGAGUUGUUGCUACUCUUCGUUUGAAAGUUAACUCAGCGCUAGUUAACACCACGUUUCACCUUUAUUUAUUGAUAAGGAGAGUUCUGCGAUAUCCUUGCUUUGAGAGCCUCUGAUAAUCGUUUUUUCUCAUUGGUGAAUAUUAGUCAUCAUUCUGGUGUUGAUUUUGUUUGCGUUAUUAAAACUGAUCAUUAUGUGAUCUAUGUAGCAAAUAGUCCUCUUGCUGCCAGUACUCCUAUUGUUACCAUAGCUGUUGGUUGUGUAACCCAAUUUUUACUUUCCUCUGCGUGUUUUUAUCUGUUGCUAGAUCAAUCGGAUGGGAUAGUUCGAGUCUGAGAUGGUGCGAUGCAAACAAAUAAUUUGAUUACUAAAACAGCGCUCUUAAUAUCUUAGUAAUAGUAUGAUUCGACGAUACACGUUGUGGACGGUCGCGUUAAUGAUCAAUGACGAGGGGGAUCGCUAAUACUGUGGUUCCUCCCGAACUUUUGUUCAGCAUCAGCGGAAUCCACCACUGUUGAUACAGUACAGCAGCUGUGAGACAACAGCUACAAAUGUGCUGUUCCCUAUAGUUAAAUUGGGCGUCGUUCCUACCCCCAACUUUAUUCCGCCUCUCAUAAAGCGACUUGACUUGCUAUUCGUACGCUGCGUUGUCUGUUCCAUGGCAAUUUUAACAAGCAAAAAGCAAGAAAUACCUUUCUGUGUGAAAUACGGGAUGGCUUUUAGUGGAGCGCAAGCAUCCGUCUCUUGUAUACGUGCAAACAAUCACUGCUAAUAGCGGAUUAGAUUGAGAAGCAUAAAUACUGUGAUGCUGGUAAUGGUGACAAUGGAUUCGUCGUUUCUAGUGUACGAGAUAGGUUAGCCGAAUAGAAAGAGAGUUUAACUUGACGGGCUGUGCAUGCAACUUGAACGGUUGAAGUAUGGUUUUCGCCGCAUUUACAGUUGCGUAACUAUCAAACCAAUGGUCGAAGUCGAUGUUGCAUGAUGCCCUUCUCCGAUAUGCCGGGCUGUGUGGAUACAGCGAAACGAAUAAGAGACACUAGAUCUGUCUGUGUUUUGGCUGGCUGCUUACAUACGCCGAACUUACGUCUGCCUGGUGCCUCUCUACUCGAAGCCGUCUCCGUCAUCGCCGUCUCCCUGCUGUUUCGUUAAGCUGCUUAUACAAGCAACUAUAGUGGCUGUGCCUCGUAUAUGAAAUUAUUGUGAUGGCAUUGAGGAGAACAUAUGAGAAGGAGAUCACUGGACGGAUGGGGCGCUCCUCUGAAGCCGUCCCGUUUCAAUCUCACCAUCAUCAACAUAAUCAUCACAUUAAGUAGUUCCUUAGUGCGGCCGAAUAGCGGGGUGCCAGGGAAUAGAGAAGAGUCUAACAAUUUUUUGCUUGAGUUUAUCCCGCGAUACACACACGCUAGAAGACUCCACCCAGUAUCGUAAACCAGUAAUAAAUUAAAAACCUAAAUAGCAGUCGACACCGCUGCGAAUGGCUCUCGUCCACUUAAAUCGUUCGAGCUUCAAAUCACAGAAAGCAGGCAACCUGUUCCUGUAUACAAUGCGUACAAUUACUAUAAGAAAUUCCGUUGGUUUAUGCCGUUCUAGAGGCCACCAUCGUAAUUAAUGCUAGUGUAUAUUCGUAGACCGUGGAAAUGUCCGCGUCAGCACCUAUCUCAUACCACUGACUUGUGCUACUGUCACUGAUGUUGACGGCAAUUACUAAUGUAUGAUGUGUGCACAGCACUCGCUCUUUCUUGCGUUAUGCUACCUGUAAAAAUUGGCCAGGUUCCGUUGCUGGUAAUAGUGUACGGAGGAAGUAUAUGAAAAAUUUUGUCUCAUAAAGAACAACACGUGUGCAGGAGUAUAACAACAUCAAUGAUGUGACAAAGCACUAAAACCUUUUUCGAUCGUAUCUAUCUAGUCGUGUGGUGGUCGUCAUAAUAUAAACAAGGGAGCAUGUGCCAGAAGCAAACGAUAAACAUAAACAAACAAAGUCAGAUCGACUCGUUGUCAAGCUAAGCAGCCGACAGCGUUUGUUAAUAGCGAGCACUUUUGUGCUCGCAAACAAACACUGCUCUUUCUGUGGUCUGAUACUGAAUGGAAAUUAAUAAAGAUAAUUUCGUUUUUUUUUAAUCUUGGUCUUGUGCAUACCUAUUGUUUAGGCAAAAUCACUUCUAUAGGCUUAUCUCAUAUUCAUUACAUCUAACCUCAUGCCUUUCACUAAGAUGACAUGUGAGUGCGUCUAAUGAAGCGUUUCAUCGUAACGUUCAUUGUAGCUACCGUAAAGUUCUGUGCAGAUAUGACACCUGGGACAAUCGCUAUCGACGCGAACUAUCGCACUAGUCAGAGAAUGCGUGAAUUCAAUCUAAGACGAAAGCGAAGAAAAACGGCUGCUAACGAAAAAGUCUCUAGCAGCAGAGGGGGCCCCGCUUUUCGGCCGCUAUCCGCCGUCACGCCUCGAUCUUCGAGGCUAACUAACUGGCGGUAGCGAGCACUCUUCAAAUUACAGCCACGACAACAACAUAGGUUAAAACGAUUACGAUAAAAUACAGCUAGCAGGUUGUUAUCGCCCUGGGGCUGGGAGUGACCACGGUUAAAGCUGCAAUACAUUCAUCUGUCACAAUGGAAUUACGAGUAGGAAACCGAUAUCGUCUGGGCCGAAAGAUUGGGUCGGGUUCAUUUGGUGAUAUCUACCUCGGGACGAACAUUUCGACCGGCGAAGAGGUGGCAAUUAAACUUGAAUGUGUCAAAACGAAACAUCCACAGCUCCAUAUUGAGAGUAAAUUCUACAAAAUGAUGCAGGGCGGUGUUGGUAUCCCACAGUUGAAGUGGUGCGGCACCGAAGGCGAUUACAACGUCAUGGUUAUGCAGCUGCUCGGUCCAUCACUUGAAGACCUCUUCAACUUCUGCAACCGAAAGUUUUCACUGAAGACGGUCUUAUUGCUCGCGGAUCAGCUGAUCUCCCGGAUCGAGUUUAUCCACUCGAAGAACUUUAUCCAUCGCGACAUUAAACCGGACAACUUUCUAAUGGGUCUUGGAAAGAAAGGCAACGUUGUCUACAUUAUCGAUUUUGGCUUAGCGAAAAAGUACCGUGAUACGCGUACUCAGCAGCAUAUCGCCUACAAGGAAAACAAGAACUUGACGGGAACGGCUCGGUACGCGUCGAUUAAUACGCAUCUCGGAAUUGAGCAAAGUCGGAGAGACGAUCUCGAGUCGCUCGGAUACGUUCUUAUGUACUUUAAUCGUGGCUCGUUACCGUGGCAGGGUUUGCGCGCCGCCAAUAAACGGCAAAAGUACGAGCGAAUCUCAGAGAAGAAGAUGUCCACGCCGAUCGAGGAGCUGUGCAAACUGUCGCCGUCAGAGUUUACCACCUACCUAAGCUACUGCCGAUCAUUACGUUUCGACGAGCGACCAGACUAUUCCUACCUGCGGCAGUUGCUUCGUAACCUGUUCCACCGGCAGGGCUUCACGUACGACUAUGUGUUCGACUGGAACAUGCUUAAGUUUGGCAGUACGCGUUAUCCAGCGGACCCGAACGCGCUUACGCAACCAAGUCAGUCACCGCACGCUGCCGGCCAUCCUGGACAUCCCGGAGCACCGCCAAUAACACAACCGCCGCAGGGGCUACAGCUGUCAAGACCUCUCGCCGCACCCAUGAGCGGUGGCAUGGUGGGCAGCACCUCAGGCGCUAUCGUGGGGAGUAGUCACGCUGAUGAGGCUCAACGGCAGCAGCAAUUAGUGUCAGCGCGAGGCGCAAGCGGUUUGGCCGGUUAUCCGACGACGUCAGGCCAGCUGGCGGCCGGCGGUCUCGUCGGUGGAACGAUGCCUGGAGCUAUGGGAGGUUCGUUAGGACUCGGCGUGGGACCUCUACCGGCCGUCGGUGUUUCAUCGCUCGGAUCUGGACCCUACCCGGGCCUUGUCGGACGACCAGCUCGCUGAGAAUAGGCAAAUGAACGUAGUAUCAACAACAAUUCUCCCGUCAUACUAACUAUUACUACUAUAAUAAUCAUCGAUCGUUGAAACGUCGAAUGCCGUGGAUGAAUAAAACGUAACCUGCAUCGUCUUGGCUAUUCGCCAUCGGUUCGGAGCUUGUAUCAAUUGUCGAUGAUAAUUCCAGAGGCAACAGGAGUCAAGUUAGAUAGGGUUUGAAGUUAGGAUCAGGUCGGCCGUGCUAUGUGGCGUCGGGACCGUCUCAAAACAUCGAUGUCAUCAAAAAAUCUUGUAGAUUCGAGGCCAAGCAAUUAUUUCCUCCUCCCAAGUCAUCUUAAAGCAAAAACAAGGAAAGCAAACAUAAGUGGUAGGAGAUCGUAUAGAAACAAUAUUAGCACUUUUUAAAAAAAUCCGCCAUGCCACAGCAAGUCAACACCGCGAUAUCCGCCGUUCGUUGGGAUAAACAAGAUGUGCGAUAGACUGCAAGAGCAUUGCAGAUAGGUGAGAUAUAUACCGCUAAAAGAAGCAGACGACAAGUUGACACGCGUCGAUAUAGCGGAGGUUGACAGAAAUGUGUAUGAUACUGGGGAUACAUAGUUGAAGUGAUAGGACGAUCAAAUUGUUUCCCAAAUAUAGGAAACUGGCAGGCAGGAAAAAGGUCGAGAGUUGACGACAACGGCUGCUGACGACUGGUACGGCCAAACGCGACAGGUUUAGUCGAACAGGUUUUAAGAGGUCGAUGGACUAGACGCGUACGUCAAAAGAAAUUGCAUCAAUAACAGAACUCGCUACUGAGCUUUGAUGAACGAGAAAUUGUUUAAAAAUACUGAUAACAAAAGAGAGCUAUAAGAAAAAUUGCAGGUGACAAAAAGAAUCUGGGGUCAAAACACUCUUAGCUGAAGCAACAUAUAAGGGCAAAUGUUUUGGGUUCUAUGCUUGACAUCGCCUUUAGACGCCAUUCCAUCAGACGGUCUAGACAAUACGUGACGGAACCCGACCACGCAUGCGCGCGAUCGGUACGCCGCCAUCAAUGUGUAUGAUGAUGAUGUCGAUGCGAUAAAAAUGUGGACUGUGAAAGACUGAACGAUGCGACCAUCACGACGGUGAUAUUCUUGAUGAAAAAUUAUUGAAGCUAAUGGAGGAAAUGGAAACGGAAGUUGAAUGACGACGACAACAAUAACAAGGCCGAUGACGAUAAUACAUAGUUAGCUAGCUCUAUAUUUGUGUAAAUUGAUUUAACAAUUAAAUAAUGAAAUAAUAAUGAAAUGAAUGAAGUAUGCUGAUAUGAAUAUGCUGAUGGUUAAAUGAUAGUAGUGAGGAUUAUGAUGAUGACGACAAUGGCGGGGUAAGAAUGGAAGUGUAAUAAUAUGAAAUCGAUUAAAACAUUGGUGAUUGAUAGAUUGAUGACCAUAUGAUAAAAUGAUAUUCUGAAAAGAGCCACGAAAAAGGAGACGACAAAGAAAAAGAACGUUGACGAUAGGUAAGUGGAUAUACGGCUCAAUCAUUAUGGCUAUUGUUAUUAGAAUAAUACUGGUAAAAAUGACAGGAGAAAAGGAUGUGAUCCGAAAAGAGGGCGUGCAUGUUUAUGGAAGAUGCGGGGCGAAGAGUCGCGAGUGAAAUCGAGGCAAUGGUGUGAGAUAGCAUCAUUAUCUCUAAUUAAACUCGACGUUAAUUGUGCAACAGAGGGAAGAUAACGGACCGAAAUCUAUUCUUUAUUUACUACGUGAAUUUAUGAAGGCGAUGGCUAAGUGGGAACAAUGGGACGCAGGGAAGAAGCAGAACUCCGAACACGAAUUAAACACUGUGGAAACGAUGAACUGCCAUUAAAAACAAAGACAGGUCACGGACAACUUUUGGAAGCAUUAUUAUCACGCUUUAGUAUAGUUCGGGUUUGAGGUGGACGUAAAAACGUCAUGUGUAUAAUGGUACAGAUGGUAGAUAUGAUCAACAAUGUUUGCGUGCCGAUUUUGUCCGAGACCGAAAGAAAGAGACCACUGUAGUAAGCCAAUAUUAGAAGUGAGUCAAGUAGCGGUUAAAGAGUUCAAGGACAGGCGCAGAUUAGCCUACGUCGAUUAAGCCGUGGCCAAUACUAUUAACUGAUGGUUCUGGGAAAACAAAUUUAAUAUUGACAAAAUCAUGAGUUGUUAAGAAAAGGAGCGUAUUAUCUAAGCUGUUACCUAUCGAUCUACUUUAAAAGUUCUCAUUUUAUUGGUUCACUAUUUAACUAUUGGUUUACUCUAUUCGGAGUUCCCCUUCCGCCCCCUGAUUAGGAACACUGCUUUGUUUUCUUCGCUCACUUUGCCCCCGUCUCACAGUUGCUCUCAGGCUUGCUUUAUUACCUCUUAAUAGCCAAUUUACUAUUGCUGUUUGCCCUAUGCAUACUCUCUAAUACGAUUAACUUCUCGAGAUGCCGUAAUCCUUCACGAUGGGGAACAGGUUGAGUGUCGUUGCCAGCUUGAUCUCGUGCUACAGAUAGAUGGUCGUAUAUGAUUGUAAAAGUCGCGCUCAGGCUGCAACAUCGUCCCCAACUGGUUCUCACGUAUUUAUUGUCGAUUCUCGAGCCGUUUACAAAUCUAGGAAAAUUUGAAAUUGCGAAAUUUAGGAGACUCCGAUGGCAAAAUCUUGAUUCUGUUUGGGACGCCAGACGAAUGCAAUGAUUUAUGCUUGCCCCUAAUGGAUUUCGUCGAAGCACGCGUGCCACGUUGUUAAUAGCGUUCUCACACCGGUCGCGGGCGGAAAGGGCAGACAUGAGCAGACGACAGCGCGAAACGGCAAAAGCGAAUUUUGUCAAAAAGAAGAGCGAAAUAAAAAGUAUCACAGACGGUAUUGGCGAAUAGACCACGAACGUAUGUGCCAGUAAAAUCUGUGAUUAAUCGGAAGGAAAACUGGUCUUAAAGGGAACGCUUCACAUGCCGUUGUACAUUUAGUAGGUUGAUUGAUAUAUAUAUAUAUAUAAAAUAAUUCAGAUGAAGACCUCGUGAUAACGAUGAUCAUGGACACGAAUAU